AUGUCUUCCAAAAUGUGUGGGUUUUAUGGUCUGUUUGUGUGUCUUAUGUUAGUGUUUUGUGUGUCAAUGUCCACCUCUUCAAAGUUUGAUGAACUCUUCCAACCAAGUUGGGCUUUUGACCAUUUUGUUCACGAAGGAGAUCUCCUUAAACUCAAACUAGACAACUCUUCGGGUGCUGGAUUUGGAUCUAAAAACAAGUACAUGUUUGGAAAAGUAUCUAUCCAACUUAAGCUUGUUGAAGGUGAUUCUGCUGGAACUGUUACUGCUUUCUAUAUGUCAUCGGAGGGUACAAAGCACAACGAGUUUGAUUUUGAGUUUUUAGGAAACAGCACAGGUGAACCUUAUUCUGUUCAAACAAAUGUUUAUGUUAAUGGAGUUGGUAACCGUGAACAAAGACUUAACCUUUGGUUUGAUCCUACUAAGGAUUUUCACUCUUACUCUAUUUUCUGGAAUCAACGCCAAGUUGUAUUUUUGGUGGAUGAAACUCCAAUAAGAGUGCACACAAAUAUGGAACAUAGAGGAAUUCCAUAUCCAAAAGAUCAAGCAAUGGGUGUAUACAGUUCAAUAUGGAAUGCAGAUGAUUGGGCAACAGAAGGAGGAAGAGUGAAAACAGAUUGGAGUCAUGCACCUUUCAUAGCAACCUAUAAGGCCUUUGAAAUCAAUGCUUGUGAGUGUCAAGUUUCAGUGGGUGGAAUGGAAAAUAGAAAGAGAUGUAGUAGUAGUGAGGAUAACAAGUAUUGGUGGGAUGAACCAAAUUUGUCAGUGCUUACUUUGCAUCAGACUCAUCAACUCAAGUGGGUUAGGGCUAAACAUAUGGUUUAUGAUUAUUGUAAUGAUGUUUCUAGGUUUCCUGUUUCUCCUCUUGAGUGUCUUCAUCAUCGUCAUAAUUAA